AUGUUUCGCAGAUUAGGUUUACACACAAGAGCUCCAUACCAUGUUUUUCUCUACUCCUUGAUUUUUGGAGCUACGACUUUCCAUUCUUUUAUCUUAUCUCCAAUUGCCUUCAAGCUACUCAAGCGCGAAGACUUUGGUAACUUACAAAACAAGAUCUUCCCAGGGUACUUUAUUGCUCAAACCAUUUCUCCUGUGUUGUUGGGACUUACUGCUCCAUACACGGUUUGCCCAUUUGGAAUUGGUGUUUUGGCUACUUCUGCUGUAGCUGGUGCCCUCAACUAUUUUGUGUUGUUGCCAUGGUGUCACAGUAUCAAGGAGGAAAGAGUUAAACUUCAAAAGGAAUUAGGUGCUGAUGCUGAACCAACAGAAGAAUUGGUUAAUUUAAACAAGAAGUUUGGUAGGGCCCACGCUUUGUCAUCCAUUGCAAACAUGGUCUCUAUUUUUACCUUAGCCAUCUACGGUACCUACUUGACCAGAAGUUUGAAUAAGGUUUAA